UCCAAGUCGAAACCAAGUCUUCCAAAAUUCCUUAGAAUUAAAGUCAGACUAGAUUAGAAUAAAGUAUUUAAACUACAUAUUAAAACCAUUUAAACCAACGAAAAUGUGUUUAAUUCAGCAAGCCUGGUUUUCGUAACUGCUACAUUUGUUUGUUUUUUAGGAAAAGGAGCGCUGAAAACCACUGAGAGUUUCACUCCUUUAGUCAUACCUAUAGCGUAAAAGGGCAGCAAGCCAAAAAAGCUCUUACGAGUACAGUAAUUAAGACUUUUUAUUAAGCGGUGUUUAUUUGCUGAGAAAACGUGCCUUAACCUAAAAUUCGGAGAGCGCUUGAAGGAAGCCCGAGUGAAGGACUGGGGAGCAUGGUCACGUGACGGGGAAAGGAAAGUGAGUUUCGGCUGGAGUUUUUCCGUGCUGCGUUCACUGGCUGCGUGUGUUUGUGAGUGAGUGAGUGUCUGUGUGUUUCUCUCUCUCUCUCUCUCUCUCUCUCUGUCUCCAUGGUUCUGUACAUCAAACCCUGGUUUUGUUUGCACUUCGAGACAGCCAAAAGAGGAACCCUAAAGCUAGAGGAUAUGAUGUUGAGGAUCUGAUUCCCCGUUAAUAUGAGGAUACUGUCCCUGCUAUAUGUGUAUUUUUUGGUUCUUGACUCUAAAGGCAGUGUUUUGGUCCCAGAACCAGAAGACGUUAAAAUCGUGUCUAACAACUUCAUCCACAUCUUGCAGUGGAGUCCAAGGAAGGGGACACAAACAGGAACAGUGUACAAAGUAGAAGUCUGGUAUGAUCAUUCACGCAUAGUUCUGAUCAGCCACAGUGGUACAUCUCUCGACAUUUCUAAGCACAUGAAAGACAUACACAAGCGGUACCAGAUCAAGCUUUGGGCAACAUUUGGAAACAGUUUAUCGUCUGAAGUCGUCACUUAUUUUAGCCCUCUCACAGACACCACUAUUGGGCCCCCCAUCUUAUCUCUGAGUGGGUGUGGUGAUUGUCUAAAUAUCAGCAUUGAUCUACCAAAUCGCCAAAGUGCCCCCUCCUUUUUUUACCAGGCUAUUUCUUUUAGUAUAAGCUGGUGGAAAGACGGGGAAAAACAGGAUAAUUGCCGAAGGCCCGAUGCUAAUUAUUUGAAUCAAGCUUCUAAUUCAUAUUCAUACAAGCUGCAACAUCUUCUGCCGGGUGAGCGCUACUGCGUAGAAGUUACGCCGAAGAAAGCAUCUUUACGAAACGUGCAAAGCUCCUGCUCCUGUGAAUACACCAGUCGAGUAGAGCCGAGGGGGGUUGCGUUCCUGGUCGGUUGUGUUCUCUCCUCUGUCCUGGUGGGGCUGUGUUUCCUGGGUUUCAUGUUCGGCCUCGUCUACACUGGCGUACUGUGCAAGCCGAAAGUCAGACUUCCCAAAGCCCUGAUCAUUCUUGUUCCUGGUUCCUUCCUCUCCCCUGAGGAUACGUCUAUAUCAGUAGCUGAAGUGGAGUAUGGCAUAGAAAUACACAAGAUGAAAGAUAACAAAAAGGAAAAAGCGCAGAACAUUUAUGAUGUUGAUGAGGAUGACGAGGAGGAUGAAGAGGGCCACCAUGCCUACAUGGAGCGGGAAGGUCCCAAAGAUUCAAAGAGCACUGAAAGCACAUCCGUUUAUAAAGUCUCAGACCUUUCCGAGAGCUCGGGAUUCGAGGACGCACCCAGAGACACCAGCGAGACGACUUCUCUCGUUCAGAUUCAGAAUGACGAGGACGAAGGUUACGGCCCAGCAGGUGCUCUUGUUCUGCUUACGGAAAACUCAAACCCUCAAACUGAAAACGAAAAGAAAAAAAUAACUGUGCAAAUAAAAGAAAAAGAGGAAGAAGAUGACCAUUGUGGGAACGUGAACCUGUGGUCAGUGGUGUUGAAGUCCAUGCAGCCGGAGGAAGAGAAGGCUGAUGACCAGAGUGAAGCUCAGGAGCCUCUGCUGCCUUUAAUACUGAGAGGUGCACGUCAAGAUUCACUCAGUGCAGCAAAGCCACAGACAGGAAGUUCUUUAGAGCUUCACUCUGCUAUUCUAUUCCACGAAGAGACAGAAUUGCAGAGCGAUCAGGAAGACGAACAUGACGUUUCUGACACGAGUGUGUGUGAACGCAUGAGAACAGGUUACAUGGCCUCGCACAGAGGAACGAUAGGCACUGAAAACUGUUCAUCUGAAGAUGAGGAUUGUACAUCAGACUACAUGACCAGAUGAAGAUGUGGAGUGGUUUAUUCAUAAUGUUAAUAACGUACCAGACUUGAAGAAGUCCUUUCUCUGCUAAAGUGAACCUGUUUUAUGACCUUAUUUAUUUAUUUUUUGUUUCCUUUUAGUACAUUUCCCUGUUUUUGUAUAAUGACCUGGAGAGAAAGAACAGAAAACUAAAAACAGAAAAAGUAUAAUAAUGACAUAAUAUAUAUUAUAUAAUAAUAAAUAAUAAUGACAAAGUAAUAUACGUUUAAGGGCCAUGAAUGCAUUUAAUAAAUUGUAGGUGCGUAGUCUUCAAAAUCAUUUUUACCGACUGUAAAAGGGGCGGCACAGGGUUGGGGGUUCAAAUCUCACCUACGGUCUGUAUGUGCGUGUGUGGGGUUCGUUCAGAUCCUCCGACAGUCCCUUCACACUAUUAAAGUUAUAAACUGGAAUUUGUGUUUUUUCGUCUUACAGGGUGUGUGGACAAUUCAUCAGGGCAGGAAGGGACAUUAAUUCACUAAAAAGGCUAAAUGGGAAGUAAAUUGACCCCAUAGGUUUACGAGUCAGUUGUUUUAUCUGAACACCAUGAAAACAUCUUUUAUCUUUCUCAAGUCGUGACCCUGUAAAUGUUUUAAAAUGUAUCUAAUUUUGUUAAUGAUAGGAAGAUUUCAAGAUUUCCAGCUUUUUGUGUCUGAGAAAGUCUGACCAACAAUCCGAAUUCAGAGAUUUCUUUGGAUUUUUCACUUCUAGGCUUGUUCUAGACAGCCUGGUAGUGCUAGCCCUGCACAAGUGCAACCAAAAUGUGACACCGUUAUUAUGAAUACUGCUAUUUUUUCUUCUGUUUAGACUGGAAACUUGACAGUAGUCAUAAUAAGGGCGUCACAUUUUGGUUGCGUUUGUGCAGGGCUAGCACCACCAGGCUGCCACUUCUAUCCCCUUGAGCAAGUCUCUUAACUCUUAGUGCUCUCAACUGUAACAGUAUCUGAGUCAUGCUAUAAAUGUAAAAUGUGAACAUUUUAUUAUAAAACUAUGAAGGGUUUUUUUUCUUGCAUCUUUGCAUAGACAAAAGUUUAUCCAUUACCUCUGGCUGGUCAGAUGACUGCUUGGUUCUUUGCACUGCAGAACGACUGAAAAGCCUGACAACAGCUGCAUGACCUGGAAGUACAGUACAGUAUGUUAUUCAGUUUCCGCCAUAAAUGUUUAAGGCCCGGCCUCUCGCUUAACCCCGAGGGGUGAGGUGAAAUUUUGAUGAAGUAAUACUUAGAUUUUAAUAAAAGUUUAUUAGAAUGUAUCAGAGGGCGUAUGCACAGAAAGCCUAAAGACAGCAGACUGGCACACAGGUGUGAGUCACGCAAGCUGUUGCAUCAUGGUGUGUAUAGUGCCUGGUGUAUUCAGUGGGUGUGUUCACGGAUUAGAUGUUCCAUGCGGCAGCUGAAGAUUAUGAAAUAAGUCUUAAUUCUAGAAAAGAAAGGGGGAACAAUUUUAAUAUGAUUUAAAUGUUUAUGUUUGCGGCGUCUCUCACUCUUUAGACUGUGAUGGUCACAUUAAAACUACUUACAGGUCGAAUGUGUCAUGUGUCAUGCUGUAAAUAAAUAAAUGUAAUUUAUUUC